ACAGUUAUAAUUUGAACAUCGAAGCGUUUAGGUCGUUCGCUCCGUCGUAGAGUCUCGUUUCUAGUGAAGUUCAUGUUCGCGUCUCGGGCCAACAAACAAAAUAAAUAAACACAAAAUGUUUUAACUUAAUAAUAUUCAGUACUUGACGAAUUAAAUUGUUAAUGCCAAAAAACAGAAAUUGCAUUUCGAGUUACAAAUUGCAAUUUCUAAUCCAGUAAAACAAAAAUUUUAAAGUUUCUAACACACGCAAAAAUAAAAGAUAAAUAAAAAUGGGUCUUUCGGAUAUCCCAAGCAAUUACAUGGCCCACCAUCAAGGCAGCCAUCCACAUCUUAAUAUAAACCAUCAUCAUCAUCAACUGCAACACCAUCAAAAUGCUGCCACAGCCGCUGCAGCAGCUGCCGCCCAUGUCCUAGCCAUGGAAAGCAACGAACUAAUGAUGAGCAGCGCCAAGGACAAAUUGGCUAGCAAAAAGAAAAUGCAUCUACUUAAAAAGAUCAAAAAACGCUUUGGCUUAGUUCGCCGCUCGCCCUCAUCCUGCCCUGGCCCAAAUAACCUGCCACCUUUGCAAUUCCAUAGCGUACAUGGCGACAAUAUACGCAUCUCUCGGGAUGGAACGCUGGCACGUCGUUAUGAGAGUUUCUGCCGUGCAAUUACCUUCUCGGCCCGUCCUGUGCGCAUUAAUGAAAGGAUUUGUGUGAAAUUCGCUGAAAUUUCAAAUAAUUGGAAUGGUGGUAUACGUUUCGGUUUCACCAGCAAUGAUCCUGUAUCGCUGGAGGGAUCCUUGCCCAAAUAUGCCUGCCCAGAUCUCACGAAUCGUCCCGGAUUCUGGGCCAAGGCUCUGCAUGAGCAAUAUUGCGAAAAGGACAAUAUUUUAUAUUACUAUGUGAAUAAUGCCGGCGAUGUUAUCUAUGGCAUUAACAAUGAGGAGAAGGGUGUCAUCUUGUCGGGCAUUGAUACACGUAGCUUGCUAUGGACUGUCAUCGAUAUUUAUGGAAAUUGUACGGGCAUUGAGUUUUUAGAUGCCAGAAUCUAUAUGUAUCAACAGCAGCAAAUAUCGAUACCUCCUCCAUCGUCAUCUGCCGGGCAACAGCAGCAGCCACUGCCUCAAUCAGCCGCCGCCUCUAGCUUGAAUCCUCAUCAUCCACAUCAGCAAUCGCGUCGUUCACUGCCCGGCGGCAAUGCCAUCGGACUGAGUGAACAUGAUUUGGAACGUCAUGUGAUGCCAUCGUUGCAAUCGUUGCAUUUGUCAAGCGGUGUUCCCACAAGUGUUGAGGCCCACGAUCUGGCCAAUGGUUUGCCCCCUCUGCGUUAUAAUGCCAAUGGCCGCCUGAUACCUGUUCCAUUUCACAUAACCAAAGGACGUAAUGUACGUCUAUCGCAUGAUCGUUUUGUUGCCUCGCGCACUGAAUCCGAUUUCUGUCAGGGUUAUGUCUUUACCGCCCGCCCCAUUCGCAUUGGGGAGAAACUUAUUGUCCAGAUUCUGAAGACCGAACAGAUGUAUGUGGGCGCCUUGGCCCUGGGACUGACAUCGUGCAAUCCAGCUGUUUUGCAGCCAAAUGAUUUGCCCAAUGAUUCGGAUUUCCUAUUGGAUCGUCCGGAAUAUUGGGUGGUUAGCAAGGAUAUUGCUGCCGCCCCCCAACGUGGCGAUGAAAUCGCCUUCUUUGUGGCCCCCAAUGGCGAGGUGAGCAUUAGUAAGAAUAAUGGUCCCGCCGUAGUUGUCAUGCACGUGGAUCAAUCAUUACAAUUGUGGGCCUUCCUCGAUGUGUAUGGAUCGACCCAGUCGUUAAGGAUGUUCCGUCAGCAAUUGCCGAAUAUGGUGGCAUAUCCAUCUCAGCCCCAAGUUAAUGCCGGAGCACUGCCAAGUGGAUCCAAUGCCGCUAUCGCCUCCGCCGCCUCUACCUCACGUAUGCUACCCAUGGCUGAUUCAUUGACUAGCCUAAAUGCCACUGCCAGUCAAGGGCAAUUGAUGGCAUCGAAAAUGUCACUAAAUCAGCACCAUCUGCAUCAUCCGUCCCAGUUGAGUGUGGCACAGAGUACAAGUACUCUGGCCUCGGCCAGUAAUGGGGGAGCCAAUGGCAGUCGCAUGAUCAGCAUGCCCUCAAACGGUGACAUCCUUCAAAUCCAACCAAAUGGAGGUGGCACUGUUCUAGUAGUUAAUCUACCUCCGGCUACAAGUUCGCAUGAUUUGAAUGGUCAAUUGGCGGCCGCCACCAGGCAACAACAGCAGCAGCAGCAGGCGACGACAAUCACCUCCAGUGGCAUAUUGAACGGCGCUUGUUCCAGUGGCACAUUGAUAAGCACCACCAGCAGUCAAUACAUUGAGCCAAUUGCCAAUAAUACAAAUGCAAAUGCCACCAAAUGGAAGGACAGCUUGAGCGACCAACAUAGCACAGAUUCAAGUGCCGAGUGUACCAUAUGCUAUGAGAAUCCCAUCGAUUCCGUUCUAUAUAUGUGUGGACAUAUGUGCAUGUGCUACGACUGUGCCAUCGAGCAAUGGCGUGGUGUGGGCGGUGGUCAAUGUCCAUUAUGUCGGGCUGUUAUUCGUGAUGUCAUCAGGACCUACACAACGUAAAAUACCAAAAUUGGAAGCGUUUCAGUUUCCCUCCCCACACACUCACACACACACACACACCUCCCUAAGUAACUAACUACUAUUCGAAAGACAACUUUUUAAACUCGCAAUUUAACAACUAAACCUAACACUCAAAUUAAUUGCAUUUCUUUUUUGUCAAAUAGAGAAAGAAAAACGCAUAAACUUUUGCAUCCACCCUUUAGUAUUAGUAGAUGGAAAGUUAUAUCAAUAUUUUUGCAAAGAAAACAAAAAAAACUAGAGUAUUCUUAAAUAUAUAUAAGAAUGAAAUACUUUGACUUUAUUGAUAUAAAUAGUAUAUAAAUAUUUAAUUUUUUUGUGAUUUUAUAUAAUAAGUUGGCCCGAGAGCCAGAAUUUGUUCAAUUGAUUGAUUACUUGACCUUAUUCCUUCGCGCGUACAUAUAUAUUGUAUAUUAAAUUAAGCAAACGGAAAUGUUUAAUAAUUUUUUCAAAAAUUGGCAUGUUAUGUUCUAUAUAAAUGCAUAUAGAAAUAGUUUAAACCAAAGUAUUGAAAAGUUGUUGCAAAUUGACUUAGUUUUUCUAAUUCCCUCCUUCUAUCUAUGUCAAAAUUCAAAUUUAAUGUGCAAAAUUAUUAAGCAAACGAAAUGAAUAUAUUAAUUUAAUUUUUGUUUAUUCCUAUUUUUGGCUUGUUAAUCAUUUUGGUGCUAAUUAAUAAGAAUCAAAAAAACAAAAAAAAAUGUUAAUGGAUUAAUUGGAAAAGUUAUGUUGAAGCUUUGCAGCAACUCCUUUAACGUAAAAAUUAUAAAGAAUUAUAUAUUAAGCACACAAAACUAUAAGAAUCAGAAAAUUACUUUGCACUUAAACAGAAGACACCAAACAAAAUAAGAAA